AUGGAUGUGGGAGAGUUCGACGGCAUUCCCAUUCCGCUUCCGGAUCCUGUCGUUGUGACCCACAACGGCGAUUUUACGAUUUCAUCGGCAGGCGACGAGGAAGGCGACGUCUUGUACAGUGAGGACGGUGCCGUUGGCAAAAUAGAUCGUUCUUCAACACUGAACCCAGAUUUGGAAACCAGCAUCAGGUACACGGUAGCUGGUGAUUCAACACAAGGAUCUGUGAAAUUCUUGUGCGGCGGCGCUGAAGUGGUGGACGUGGAAACAUGUGCACCUCCCACGGGUGAAGAAGGAGAGACACCGGCCGCUCAUUUUCAGUACACUCCCAGCGAAGAGGCGAACGGCACUGACCAGUUCACUUUUGAAAUGCAAGUGGAGGGGCAGAGCGAUCUUGGCACUCGGAGCGGUGUGGUUGAUGUGACUGUUGUUCGAGUGAAUCAAGCGCCAAGGGCCAAAAACGUCGAGAUCCACGCCCCCAUGGUGUACUCCACCCCUCCCUUCGACGUGGGUGGAGGAUCUCGCGUCGCCCUGCGAGCAGAAGACAAAGACAGCACAGCGCUCAUUGGCCUCAUCGACAUGGGCGCUUUGCCUGACGGCGUCGGGCUGCUUUCCAAGCUGGAAGAAGACCAAGAUCAUAAAUUGGAGACGGUGACAAUAUCGUCGAAGGAAUGGGGGAAGGUGGACAUGUUCAAUGGCGAGGGCGUCGUGUACUUCCACGCCCGUGCCGGGAUAGCUGGCUCACCCGUGGUAUCCAUUCCUUACAGAGUGUUCGACGGCGACUUGUACAGCAACGAUGCCGUCAUCGACGUAAAUGUGACCUGUGAGCCAGGCUUCUACAGUAUUCCAUACGAAGGAGAACUAAUUGACAUCACCCCUGGGCUGAGCAUGCACUCCUGCCGCCAUUGUCCCCCAGGAACGCAGACUGCGUUUCAUGACGAAACACAUUGUGCCCCUUGCCUUCCCGGCUCUUUCAGCAAUGCGGGUGCUAGCGCAUGCACUCUAUGCCCAGCCGGCCAGUAUCAGCCAGAAAGCGGGGCUUCGGAGUGCAUCGCCUGCCCUCCCCGGUCGCACAGCGACCUUGGUAGUUCCAGCAUCGACGAGUGCUUCUGCACUGUAUCAAACUACGGAAAGCACGGAGAGUGCCACAAGUGCCCUGGCCAUUUGACAUGGACUUCUUGUAUGGAAACUGGGCAGGAGCUUCCAUAUCCUCUUGAUGGUCACUGGGUCACCGGACUUGCAGACGGGGCGGCCUAUGUGCGCGAAUGCCAUCCUAAAGAGGCGUGCAUAGGGCUCGACCACGAAUCGGACGCCCCAAAGAUCACAAUGGAGGAUGUUCAGAAUCACCAAACGUGCGCUGCGGGGCGGUGCAAGUCCUGCUCCUCAACGUGGAAUUCCUUCGCUUGGAUUGUCUGUUUGAUGGAGGAUCUCUGGCAGAGCUGA